CCCCCACCCCCACCCCCGAGUGUGCUGACGAGGAAGAGGGCGGAGGCGGACGAGGAUCCCCGAGUCGUCUCGUCGCGCCUCGCCCCUUCCGCGCCUCAGUCGCUGCCAGGCGUUGCCGGGGCGGCUUCUUCCCGCUUCCUCCGCCUGAGCCCGCGGGCGCUCACAUUUCUCUGCCGCCGCCGCCGCCGCCUCCUCCUCUUCUUCUCCUUCCCCCUCGCCGCCACAGCCGCCAUGAACCCCAGCUGCGCCCGUUGCGGCAAGAUCGUCUAUCCGACCGAGAAGGUGAACUGCCUCGACAAGUUCUGGCAUAAAGCAUGUUUCCACUGCGAGGUCUGCAAGAUGACCCUCAACAUGAAAAACUACAAGGGCUAUGAGAAGAAGCCAUAUUGCAAUGCACACUACCCGAAGCAGUCUUUCACCAUGGUCGCCGACACUCCAGAGAACCUGCGCCUUAAGCAGCAGAGCGAGCUUCAGAGUCAAGUUCGUUACAAGGAGGAGUUUGAAAAGAACAAAGGAAAGGGCUUCAGUGUGGUGGCUGAUACCCCUGAAUUGCAGCGAAUCAAGAAGACUCAGGAUCAGAUCAGCAACAUAAAGUAUCAUGAAGAAUUUGAAAAGAGCCGGAUGGGCACCCCUGGUGGGGAAGGAGGGGAACUGGAACGCCGCAACUCUCAGGAGGGCGCCAACUACAGGAGGCCAGUGGAACAGCAGCAGCAGCCGCCCCCACACCAGCAACCUCACCACAUCCAGCCAGCUACCCCUGUGUAUCACCACCAGCCGCCAACACAGGCAGCAUCUCAGUCCUAUGGAUACAAGGAGCCGGCAGCACCUGUCUCCAUACAGCGUAAUGCCCCAUCUGGAGGAGGGAAGCGGUUCCGUGCCGUCUACGAUUACAACGCGGCGGACGAGGAUGAGGUCUCCUUCCAGGAUGGCGACACAAUCAUCAAUGUGCAGCAGAUCGACGACGGCUGGAUGUACGGCACCGUCGAGCGGACCGGCGACACGGGCAUGCUUCCGGCCAACUACGUGGAGGCUAUAUGAGCCCUGCUCGGGUGCUACCCUGGAAGCAAGCAGGGGGAAGGGCUCUCAUCGUGUGCUUCUCGUUCCAUUAUCCCUUCUCUGCUGUCUCUUGUCAUGCAUCAGUUACUUUGUUCUGAGCCUCUGGUCGUUUUUUUUAUUCUUCUGCCAACAUAGCCUUGUUUUGGGGGCAUUUGACACCGGGGUGUCUCUCUCUCUCUCUCUUUUUUAAACUAUCCUUGUAAGAUUUUUUUUGAAAAGACCAGCUGUCCUUCCAUCCUCUCCCGUUACUUUCAUGGAACUUGGCAUUGCGCUUUCCUCCCUCCCCCGGGACCGGCCGUUUUGGGAAGUGAUUCUGAAUUAAGUCAGCCCGAUCGAACCAAACUGCUUCACGGGAACGGGAACCCAGAAGGCCCAAGGGAAUUAAUCUGGUGCCAUACUUGCUUUUAGUGCUGUAGGGCCUUCAGUCACUGGGGGAGAGCCGCUGACCAAUUUUCUUCCAGAAAAAAAAAUUGCCCCAGGGCUUUGUUUGCAUGUUAACUUUGGCUCGCCUAUCUUUCUUUCUGUAACGAUUAAAUAUCAGCUCGACGGGAAUCAGAGAGAAAACGUACUUUGCUUUAAAGCCUUUGGUGGAAUCCUCCUCCAUUGCUUGCUUGCACAAAACGGUAUAUCUGUAACAUCUGCCAGGAAGAUGAAGGUCAAUUUAAAAGCAGAAUGCGAAGGAUGGCGGGAGUGGAUUUAGGAGAAGGGAAAGGGUGACUUGUAGCAGAUACACCUGACCGUAGGCUCCUGGAUGCCAGGGCGAACUCAGAGCGAGUGUCUACUUCGGAGGGGUCGAGAAGAGAAUGUGCGCUUGGUGUUCCUGCAGAUAAGUGGUCUGGAGCGGGAAGGGCACUGGGCUUCCGGCAUAGCCUAAGAUCUUGCCACUGAGGUAGCUCAGUCUGCACAGCUCCACUUCGGUGCUCUACCUCCGGGCUGGGAGAAGCGUGAGGGAGGGACAGCAACAUUCCAGAUGCGUCUGGCCAUUCCUGCUGCUCCCCCUCGGCAAGCAGCUUUAGAACGACUUUCGAGCCAGCCUAUGCAAGAAUCACCCAGCCAAUGAUGUGUCCGGCCCCCUCUCUUAAUGCCUCUGGUGCUUGUGUGUUUCACAUGCAUGCUUCCCCCCUCCCCCUCCCCCCGGCUUAAAUUCUGUCGGCAUCUAAUACAUGGAAACAGGCAGGCACGUCCUUAAACAGCCAGACUACCUGUAGCAGUCCCUUCCGUUCAUAGGCAGGAAGAGCCACCCUUGGCGAUGCUAUCUGCGGGACCAGUUCUCCUUCCUCUUCUGUCGCUGGUGUUCUUGGGGAUCCGUGAAGGGUCAGUGGAAUGCUUUCCCCAUGAACCCAAAAGGCAGGCCAGUAGACACCCGCAUCUCCCCGUCUUGUACCUUUUCUGAGCCAAACAAUGUUUACAGCCCUCUCUCUUCUCUCCACUGUCCACCAGCCAGCCUGGCAAUUGGACAAAAGAGUCAGGGGAACACCUACCUUGCACUAGAAAUAUACCUCUCACCCCUUUUUUCAGUACCUAGCUGGCAGGUGCUCUUGCUGGCUUUGGAUAGCAUCAUGGACCAAAAGCAACACGUGUUCACAUUAAGAUGGCAGGGAACCUCUCUAACUGGAACCACGCAAGGCCAAGACGGUAUGUGCACAAUGGGAGGAUGAAGGCAGGAAAAGAAAGGGUGUUCAGGAUACUUCCGUUCCGUUCCCAAACUAGACCCCCAGAAGUCUCCGUUCUCUGCUUGUAGGGAUUUUCUUUGCAUUACAGUUUACAGAUCUGCAGGGGCACCUUGAAGUCAUUCUUGGGUCAGCAAAGAAAGGCAAAUUCUGUGUGAAAAAGAAACGCACAAAGAAACGCACAACCACAGUGCUCCAGAAGCAACUUUAGCGGUUCAUGGCUCUGAAAGCAGAGCUGCUUCCCUUGAGUGGUGAAGCUAGAGCCGCUUCUGCAUUUGCAAGUGGUGUUUGCACAUCACUGCGCGGGUGGAAGUAACCUGUGGGGAAAUCUUUAUAUCUUGAUGUCUUUAUAUAUAUCUAAAUAUAUAACUUGCAGAGUACCUCUAAGCCAGUUAAAGUUAGAGGUGGCCUCUUGUGACCACGUGGGUCUCUGGAAGUGGGCUUGUCAAAUCUGCUUUGGAAGGCUGCCUUUCAAAGGUAGGUUAAAUAAAAGGUGCUCGCGUUCACUGAAUUUCCUCGUUUUUUGACUGUUCAAUCUCAAACCUCUCCAAAACCUGAAACACGCAAGGACCAAACUCCAAAACUUGCAUUUGACUGCACAAAUUCUCAACCAUUCCACCUCUUGCAUCUUAAGUGCUCCCGGUCUGCUUUUCCCUCUCCCCCCCCCCCCCAAUUCUGUGCCCAGAGGCAUAUCAAGGAUUGACCUCAGGUUGUCUGUGGACUCUAGUGCAAAGAAAAUCAAUGUUGGUAAUAUCAGAAAGUGUCCACUUCGUGUCUUUGCGAGAGAAGUAAAAAUCAAAGGAUAACACAACCUCUCUCGGGUUAAAAGCAAGGAGACGCCGUUUGUUUUGUUCCUCCUGAAGUCUCCCAUCUCUUUGUACUUGGCGGGAAGGAAUCUUGCAGUGUUGCCCUCUAGCUUCACCUAACCAGGAGAGUUUGAGCCCUGGAGCCCCACUGCUACAGAACUGCAAAGCUCCCUCCUCCUCCUGCAUAACUUGCCAAUCUCAGCUGUCAGAAUUAGUGACCAAAUAACCCAGUUGUGGAAGCACAAAUGUCUUUGAAUCCUUUCCCUCCUCUUUCCCCUCCUCGGGUACUUUGCACUAGAGAUAAACAUGUUAAGGGGGAUUUUCAGCCUUCCAUCCACCAAAUCUGCACUCCCAAAGGGAAAAGUGUGUUUCGAACCUGGUGCAGGAAGGGCAUGGCUUUUUCUCUGAUCUUUGAGAGAUCUGCAGAUGUCCGGGGACCUUUUAGCCGAGGGGGUGACCUUUCUCAAGGUGCCAGCAAGAGAAACUCAAUUGUGAUAAGGGGACGGGGGGAGUCAUAUCCUUGGUGCUAAGACGGAAGCACAAUCUUAUUGGUGGCUGUUUCCUUUGUACCUAAUUAGGUGGAGGCAAAAUCAUGUAUAGACAAUCCUAGAGGACAGCUUUUUGUGUGUGUGUGUGAGGAAGAUGCAAAGUGUCACAAUGUGAAUAAAUAUUUUUUAGAGGACCAAAUAAAAUUACAAUAUUCACAUUUUUGACUCUCCUAGCUUUUCACUCCUGCCGUGGAAGAAAGUUUCUCACUGCUUGACUUAUUUUUUUUCUGCCUUCUUUGACUUAUGCACUUUUGCGUUUUUAUUUUUUUUCUCCAAUAGCUGAAAAGCACCUAAACCUGUAUUUAAAGAAAUAAAAUGUUUAAAAAAACCCAACAAAAACAGCUAAGUUGCAUCCGUGUAUCCAUUUUUAUUCAUGUAAAGUCUGUACAUCUUAGCUUUCCAAGCUAGAUUUCAGUGUCUAUUAGAAUGAUUUUUUUUAAUUAAAAAUGGUAUAUUUUGGGGUUUUCAUCUGUUGUCUGUAUGUUUUCUUCUUUACGGGCUUGCACGCCCUCUCCAAAAGUCAUCUAGGCCUUUUUUUCAGGGGCACCAUAGAAUCAAUUGUAAUUCCAGCUCUCUUCUGGGUUAUGCCAAUUUGAAAAUAAAGGUAUAAUUUUUA